AUGACACAAUACAUUAAAUGGGCAAAUACCCUCCCUCAAAAAAGUUCAAGACAUAGUAAAUUUAGUAAACGUUGUACUUGGUUCCUUUUUCUCUUAACACUUCAAGACAUGUCUAUCCAAAGAAAUAUGAUGGAGGUCGAUGAUGAAAUGUUAUAUUCUAAAUGUAGCUAUCUUAGCCCAUCAACCCGGAGCCUGGAAGAAUCGUACACUCAGACAAACUCACCUGUUUGGGAAGGAGCUUCAAUGUCUGACACUGAAGACGUUUCCGUUACCAAUGACGCGAUCAGCAAUGGCGACAAUGAUGACAGUGGAAGCAACAGCAAUAAAAUCAAUGAAAACGAAAGCGAAGACGAUAUUAUUGACCUCGACAGCAAUGAAUUGAAUAGUGAAGACCCUUUUGCCACCCCCGAUAUGCCCCGGAACCCAGUGCACAGGUUCAUUGCUACUUUUGUGGUGAUGUUCGCUUCCCGCUAUGUGAUUGACAAGGGCGCUGUUGUCUUGAUCGAGUUCAUCAACAAGCUCUUGACAAUUUACGAGCAGGAUUUCCAACUUCCUUGA